ACGGACGUAUAUCCGGGUAACUGCCAGCUCCUUUGCCUUACCAUCAAUUUCCAUUCACGCCUUGUGCCGACAAAAACCUUCACUGAUCUUACCCCGAUAUGUCGCUCAUUUUAUGUCUUUAUCUCAUCUUUGUGCUCUGUAGUUCCUACUCCCAUGCGAUCGCACAUUACUGCAUGCUGGCGUUGUUAACUGGUAUGGUCUUGUCACAGACAUAUUCACAAAGUACGUAUUCCGGUGACGUGUCGACAGCAGGUCAGUCGAUCUCGUGUUCAGCUAUUCGGCCACUACCUUCACAUGUACUGGCAGCUCAAGUCAAGCUCAGAUCCCAGAUGGCAAGAGUCUUCAAACUUGGUCAAAGCAUGCACUCGAUUUACAUACGGGCUUCUGAGGCUUUGACAGCGGUUGUGGUGAUGAUAAUUAUAAUUGAAGGCCACCGACACGCCUGGGAGGCCAAUAAAUCCCAUUCUGUGACGGUAACAAGUGUUGACCGCUGAUUUUACUCAUCAUAAUGGAAACGACAAACGCCAACUGUCAUGCAAAGAAAUCGGUAAAUAAUACACUUGAUGGGGGUGGAGUU